UGUCCACAGUAGAACCACAUUUCUACAAAAGUUGAAAUAACAACUAAAUUAGUUUAAAUAUUAGAAUUUAUAAUCGAGCUUAAAAAUCAGGAAUAAUUUAAACUGGAGGCGAGGAUCUACAAGGUAUCCGAGGAAAACCACGUAUAAUGACAAGCCCGUCGAGGGAUAUUAACGAUCUAUUCGACGACAUUGUCCUGACCGAGGAAAAGGAAGCCCGUUUGGGAUACGAAGAGGGACUGAAGGACGGCCAGGAGCAGGGUAACGAGGAGGGCUACAAAUUGGGCUACGCCCAGGGAGUAUCCCUAGGCGAGGAGCUGGGCAAGAUCCUGGGUCAGGUGGUGGCCCAGCAGCAACUGAAGCACACGGACAAGGUGCGUCGCAGUCUAGAACAGCUGCGCUCGCUCGUCGAAGAGUUUCCCCGCACCAACGAUCCGCAGGCGGAUAUAGUGGGAGCUGUGCAGGACAUCCGGUCUUCCCAUCGUCGUCUUCGCGCUUUGUUGGGAUCCAAGAAAACCCCUGGAGCAGCAGCCUCAGAACCACCUUCUGUAGAGCACAAGGACUACAGCUUCUAGCAUUAUGUCAAAAGUGGGAGUCACCCAGCUGCAGA